AUGGCGGUCACAAAAGACGGCCUGCUAGGGAUCAGCACGACACUCGCGUUCUGGACCUCACUCGCGACGGUCGCAUAUAUCGGCCUAACAUUCAUCUACAAUGUCUUCUUCCACCCGCUGCGGUCUUACCCAGGACCGCUACUAUGGAAAGCCACGCGGAUUCCGUACCAUUCUGGGGUCCUGCGCGGCACUCUCGCAAUCGACAUGCUUGACUUGCACAAGAGGUACGGGCCCGUGGUGCGCGUCGCGCCAGACGAGCUGGCGUUCGCGGACGCCUCGGCGUGGAAGGAAAUCCUCGGCCACAACCCCAAGGGCGAGGAGUGCGGCAAGUGGGUGCCGUUCUAUCGGCCGGUACCUGAGGCGCCGGACAACCUCAUCUCGGCCGACAGGCAGAAGCACGGCAUCAUCCGGCGACAGCUGGCGCACGGUUUUAGUGAUAGAUCGAUGCGCGAGCAGGAACCUAUCAUCAAGUCGUACGUCGACCUGCUGAUGCAGCGGCUGCACGAGAACUGCGUUGGCGGCGCUAAGGCGCUCGAUAUGACAGCCUGGUUUAACUUCACCACCUUCGAUGUGAUUGGGGACCUGGCGCUGGGCGAGUCCUUCGGUUGUCUGCAGAACUCAACUUGGCACUCAUGGGUCACGACCAUCUUCUUCCUGACCAAGGCGGGUGCCUACAUGCAGACUGCCGCGCACUUCCCUAGCAUCAUGAGACUGCUCUUGAAGAUGGUGCCCAAGAGGCUGAUGGAGUCGCACGAACAGCACGAGGUUUUCACCCAUAACAGGGUGGCAAAGCGCGUGGAGCUGGGAAAGGUCCGCCAUGAUCUGAUCGAGGGUCUCUUGAUGAAGCAAGAAGACUGGCAAAUGCCCCAAAAAGACAUUGAGUCCCACGCCAGCCUGCUUAUCGUUGCAGGGUCCGAGACAACGGCGACUCUCCUAUCUGGCUGCACAUUCCUGCUCUUGAACAACCCCAAAGCCUUGGAAAAACUAACCAAGGAGGUCCGGUCAACCUUCACAGCGGAGUCGGAAAUCAACAUCAACUCUGCAGGGCAGCUGAACUACAUGCUUGCCUGCCUGGACGAGGCGCUGCGGUACUACCCUCCCGUGCCGAUUGGCAACCCGCGUGUUGUCCCGAAGGGGGGUAGGGUACUGUGCGGGAAAUAUGUUCCUGAGGAUACUCAUGUUGCAAUCUGGCAGUGGGCGACCUUCCACUACGAGGAAAACUUUGUUGAGCCCUCUGAGUACCACCCAGAAAGAUGGCUGAACGACGACAACCCCAAGUUCGCCAAGGAUAGGAAAGAGGCCUUGCAGCCGUUCUCCUUCGGUCCCAGGAAUUGCAUAGGUAGAAACCUGGCAUACGCCGAGAUGAGGACGAUCAUGGCCCGUCUGGUCUUCAACUUUGAUCUGAAGUUGGCGCCGGAGAGCAAAGGCUGGCUGGACCAGAAGAUCUACAACUUGUGGCAGAAGCCACCUUUGAUGGUCUAUCUGACCCCAAGAGCUCAGACGUAG